ACAACCGGAACGCCUCUCCACCUCCCGGAGUGUUCACUCCGCUUUAACAAGCGAUUAGACACGUUACCUUUUUUUUAAUUUCUUUUGAUAAAGAGGCCACACUUGUGCGAAAUGAAACCGAGGAAACGACACGUCCUGCUGCUGUGGAUGCUGGUCUACUCCGGCCUGACCGAGGCGAUCGAACCCAUCAGCACCACCAUAGCGGUUGGCAUGGCUGCGACUCUGACGGCGUUUUUAGCUAGCUACCAGAACAUAUUCUACCAUUUCCACGAGUGCUGUCGACCCGAGUGGAUUUCGUUCAACAGGACAGCACUCGAGGUUGACCUGAGCAGAAAACUGUUUGGACAGCACAUAGCAUCACGCAUCAUCUUAAAAGCUGUGAAUGGAUUCAUGAAAAAUGCAAACCCAAAGAAGCCCCUGGUGCUCUCUCUGCAUGGAUGGACCGGCACAGGGAAGAACUUUGUCAGUAAGCUGAUUGCUGAAAGCAUUUACAAGGAGGGAAUGGACAGCAACUUUGUUCAUGUUUUCACAUCCACACUUCACUUCCCACAUCCAAGUCAAUAUCUUACAUACAAGUCUCAGUUACAGCAGUGGAUCAAAGGGAAUGUCACCAACUGUGAACGCUCCAUGUUCAUCUUUGAUGAGAUGGACAAGAUGCAUCCUGGCUUGAUCGACAGCAUUAAGCCAUACCUGGACUACUAUGACAAGCUGGAUGGAGUUUCUUAUCGGAAAGCCAUCUUUAUCUUCCUCAGCAAUGCUGGUGGGGACAGCAUCGCACAGACAGCUUUAGAUUUCUGGAAAGAAGGACGAAAUCGAGAGGAGAUCGAGCUCAAAGACCUGGAAAUGUUGCUCUCUCUGUCAGUGUUCAACAACAAAGAGAGUGGGUUUUUUCGUACAAGUUUGAUUGACAAGAACCUGGUGGACUUCUUCGUCCCGUUGCUGCCUCUGGAGUACAGACACGUCGUCCAGUGUGUCAUGGCUGAGAUGAAAGACAGAGGAGUGGAGCCUGACCAAUAUUUGGCAGACAAACUGGCCAAAGAUUUGGUCUAUUUCCCCAAAUCUGAAAGAGUCUUCUCUGUCAAAGGCUGCAAGACGAUAGAAAGCAAGCUGGACUACUACACAUAAUAUCACCAUGGGAUGGACGCUACGUGCACUUUUUUUAAUAAAGAAAACUGCUCUCAGCCAAAUGACUGAAGAGAGGAAGUCCAGCUGACUGAACUCUUUGGAGGUUUCUCUGUCUGACUUCAGGGCCACGAAGAGGGUCAGCAGGCCUUCUCCAAUGUUUCCUCUUGCUUACACUGAAUGAAGGGGCUGAUGAAAGCGCUCAGCACUAGUUGAGUGACGAAAUAAUAAGAUUGGAAUAUUAUCCUUUCUAACUGAAUAAGGGGUUUGAUAUCUGCUUUUAUGUCACAACGAGAGUUUCAAAGACGGUGCUGUUUUCCUGAGAGAUUCAUAAUGACUACAUGUGUCCUGAAAUGGACACGUUACUGUUUUGAAUUUGUUUUUCAAUCUGUACUCCAUGUACAUGGAUUACUGGAAAACAUCUGCCUUAAGUUUUUGCUGUCAUGAUUUUUAUAACAUCUACUGUGUUAUUUUAUACACAUGUCCACUGUACAUACGAGUUCAUUAGCAGUGUCGGACUUUGUGGGGUAGCUAGCACUGCAGAGCUGCUCCUAGAAAAUUCUCACUGUUCAAAUGCAACAAUACAUAAUUCAGAUGUAAAUUUGAGUGGAUACUUGGAAUUUUUUUUUUAAUGAGCUGCAGUGGGACACUUCAUGAACUCAGGAUAAUAUUCUCACAACACACAUGAAAAACAAUUUUACCAAGACUUGAUUUUUCUUAUUUUCAAAGAUGCAGACUGUUCAUAAUAUAACAUUCGAAUGAUAUUGUUUAUAUGAUUGGUUGAUUGAUUUUAAAAGAGGUAAUAAUUGUGCCCCAAUCCAGUCAAAAUGUUUUUUAAAGCAGAAUCCUGCCUGUACUAUAAUUUGUCUUUAAAGAGGAGGAAGUGUUAAAUCAUACGUAGACCUGCCCAGACAUUGUGAAAAAAGUUGUUCUGUUGGUUUCUCAAACUCUGACAGUUUGCUGUGACUGUGGAGAAACACUGUAGGUGUGGAUGUAAAGCUGAUAUUAUUGAGCUGCUUUGCUGUAAACACUAGGAAACACACAGGAAAAAAAACAUCACAAAUAAAAUGAGAAAUUUUUAUUUGUA